AUGGGCCUCAGAAUUGAGGUGGGGUUGACAAGGGGAAAGGGAAAUGGGCCGCUCAUCCUUUGGGCCUGGGGCGGCUGGAAAGGAGAGGGGGGGAAAUUGGAGUGGGCUGGAAGUAAUUCAUCUCAUGUCUCAGAGUUGGUUCUACAACUUGGGAAGGAGUUCGCCAUGAAAGAUCUUGGCCAUUUACACGUUUUUCUUGCAGUUGAGGUUAAGUAUUUUAAUGGGGGCAUACACUUAAGUCAUAGUAAGUAUGUUGCUGAGCUGUUAAACAAGACUGAAAUGACUUUUGCAACGGGUAUAGCCACUCCUUUGGCUCAAGAACAUGAUCUUCAUAAAGCUGUUGGAAGCCUGGUUGAACCAUCAUUUUAUAUAAUGAUAGUAGAGAGUCUUCAAUACUUGAUUCUUACAAGACCAAAUAUUACUCAUGUUGUGAAUUUAGCAAGUCAAUUUAUGCAAAAUUCGAACAGUGAGGGGUGA